GUGUAUUUUUUUUAUAAGCAAACACUUUUGUGUUUGAUUGUGUUUGCUUACAAGUCAACAAGUUCUAAAGAUGAGUUGAAGUUGAUAUAUAAGCAAUAAGCAUGUGAGUGAAGAUUUUCAAUGGCAAAACGGUGUCACUUUUACAUUUCAAGAGCGCUCCAUGCCUUUACCAUUGUUAAACGCUCCCACCUUGUUGCAUCUUUCUCUCAGGCAUUCUAUCAAACACUUUCAUUACCCUCUCAGAAUCAGAAUCAGUAUGCUCCUUUCGACUUCAACUUGGAUUUAGAUGACCCAGAUCUAUUGCAAUUCCUCCAAUUUCUUAAAAAGGAUGACGACCAUAGCCUUACCUCACUGGAACCAAACAGAGAUUUGGUAUGUUCCGCAAUUUGGGUCUUAAGGGAAGAUUGGAAACCUGCAUUGCGUGCCUUCAAAUGGAAUAGCCGUUAUAAUGAUGAGAAAGCUUGCAACUUGAUGAUAUGGGUUUUGGGAACUCAUGCCAAGUUUUCCACUGCAUGGUCCAUCAUUCGAGAUAUGCAUGCUUCUUGUCUCUCCACGCAUCAUGCUAUGCUUAUCAUCAUUGACAGAUAUGCAGCUGCAAAUAACUCUGCCAAGGCUAUUGAAACAUUCAACUUUAUGAACAACUUCAGAUUGACUCCUGACCAGGAAGCAUUCCGUGCACUUUUGACUGCUCUUUGUAAAUAUGGUAAUGUCGAAGAGGCUGAAGAGUUUAUGUUAGUAAACAAGAAGCUCUUCCCGCUUGAGAUCGAGAGCUUCAACAUUAUUCUUAAUGGAUGGUGUAACAUAACAAAUGAUGUAUAUGAAGCAAAAAGAGUUUGGAGAGACAUGUCAAAAUACUGCAUAAUGCCGGAUGCUACUUCAUACAGCCACAUGAUUUCCUGCUUUUCAAAGGAAGGGAAUCUUUUUGACUCUCUUAGGCUCUAUGAUCAGAUGAAAAAAAGGGAAUGGAUCCCUGGGAUAGAGGUCUACAAUUCUUUAGUGUAUGUUUUAACUCGUGAAAAUUGUCCGAAGGAAGCUCUCAAGACUAUAGAUAAGUUGAGGGAACAAGGUUUGCAACCAGAUUCUGCCACAUUUAACUCCAUGAUACUCCCUCUUUGUGAAGCUGGAAAACUAGCAAUGGCAAGAAUAGUAUUGAACACAAUGGUAGAGGAGAAUAUUAGUCCAACUGUCGAGACCUACCAUGCAUUUUUUGAAGGAACAGAUUAUCAUGGAACUAUAGAAUUUCUGAGUAGGAUGAAAGGUUCUGGUUUGGGUCCAAAUAAGGAUUCCUUUCUUUUAAUCUUGGAAAAAUUCUUAAAGUUGAAGCAACCAGUAAAUGCACUGAAAAUUUGGGCAGAGAUGAAGAAAUAUGAUGUGGUGCCAAGUUGUAUACAUUACAGAAAAAUGGUUGAAGGGCUUGUAACAUGCAGGUGGUUCAUAAAGGCCAGGGAUUUUUAUGAGGAGAUGAUCUCAAAUGGAUGUUCAGAAGAUCCAAAGCUUAAUAAGCUCAUUCAGAAACAUGUACUCAAUAGUGGUGAUAAAAGAAAACAGGAUGUUAGAAAGGCUAAUAGUGAUAAAGUGUGAGAGUUUUGAAAAGUGAUAAGAUGAAAUGGAAAAACCAUGGAGAGCAUGAAGAUAGAAAAGUUCUCAACUUGGAGCAGAGAAAUAGAAGCUUCUGAUAUUUAGCGUGUCAUUCUGCAUUCUACCAUUUUGAAUGUUGAAGCAUUUGUACUGCCAAUGUUGUCAAUUGCAGGCGAGAUUUCUCGAGUUUCUUGACAGCUGUAGUAGUUUGGCUAUAGCCCCUUGACAAACUGCCUAAGUUUUGAAUAAGGAGCAGAUUUACUGAAGAAAUGAGAGAAUAGAGUGAACCCAUUAUUAUCUGAUCUAUAAAAGAACCCUUGGUGGUUUUGAUCACUGCUGUAUGAUUUGGGCUUCAUACUCCCUUGUUUUGAUUGUUGUGAUUCAUCAUUCAACAGUAUACAAAGAACAUAUUUUGGUUGUCUUCCGGGGAGUUCUCCAUCCAUGAUUAGUCAGUUAUAUCUUGCAAAAUCACAAGGAUUUGCAUUGGAGACCUUGUAUGUGUGAGUCCAAUUUUAUCACAAGCUGAAUAUAAGUCCAAAUCACUCUUUGACAUGAUAUAAACCUCCGUAAUGAUCCUUACUAAAACAAUGAGACUGGUCCCUUUAAAAUUAAAAGUUUUAGGAAUACUUCCAAAACAUACAACAAAGUUAUCAUAUCUAGGUGCUUGAUUCUUUUUGACAUUUUUUGUGUAUUCACGUGUGUUAUAGAAAGUUAUAUAUCUGUAUGUUGGCUAAUACUUCGAAAACUAUGAAUAUGUAGGAUUAAUUUCAUUUAGUACUCACAACUUAUAUGCUCUGACUUCCCAAGUAUUUGGUGAGUCGCAAGCUUUUGUUUUCUACUUCUCUUUUUUAUUAAUUCUGAAUUCUGUGGAUAUGCAUACAGAUAAUGAAUUUUUCUGUCACGGAAGCUGUUACGUUAUGCC